UGUUCCUGCAUCGUUGUGGGCGUCCGACCAAUGGAAGAAACUGAAGUUACGGCACUAAAACCACUACGUUUUCAGUGAACGGUACAGUGCUGUAUUUAUUUUUUGUCGGCAACUGGUAUUUUCAAGUGCUACCUCAAACUAUACGCAGUGUAUACAAACGGUAGCUAAGAAUUUAAACAGUUGUUGAAACGUGUGCGCAUUCAUGUGAAUGCAUGUGCAGUGUCCGUUUCAGGAUUCCGCAUAGAGUACAUGUAAAAAAACGACCGCGCGUAUAUAUGUGCGAGCUAUGAAAAUAAAGUGGGGUUGUGGUUUUGGCUAUUUUUUUUAAAAAACUUAGUUUUUUGACUUUCCGAGUGGAACUGCAGUGUGUUUUGUCAAACCGCCCACUUCAAGAGAGUUACACGUACGCAUGCAUCAACUUCCUCUGCCAGUGGACAGCAUAUGCCGCUGCGUAGCGUGUGGCUCUCCACUUUUUUUUUCCAGAAGACGGAGACCGCUUAAAAGCCCGAAGGCAGGCAGCAAUCGUGCCGAAACCGCCAACAUGAAGACCACCCAAAGGACCGGUUAAAAGACAGCGGGUUGAGACAACGGCUGAAUUCACUGCGUACAACAAAAAAACAUUUUCGUCAACAAAACAAACAAAAAAUUCCAAGUUGGAUUCAAGACGAACCACUUCAGUGACCACAGCAGCGGCACGAUUUUCAACAUCGCAUGGAUUAAUCACGACUUGUAAAUGUUAGGGAUAUUCUGCACUUAGUUUUUCUACAGUGACACGGCGUAGCUGCUUGCGGAGCGUUUAACGUGGAUCGAGGAUUCAUUCACCGAGCCUUGUGAAUCGAUUGAUCUGGGCUGCAGAUUUUGACCGAGGGCCGAACGGGACGAGCGCGGCUUUUGGAUUCUCGGCGACCUGCGCGCUCCUGCCCUGACGUCCCCUUUAGCGUGCGAGGCCGGCCAUGGGGUGCAGAUCCAGCAUUGUGAGCGCGGAGAAGGAAGCUGGGAGGAGGACAGGGGUUCCUGGGACACCCCCCACGGCCUCCGCUACCCGGGGAUGGGGACCGAGGGAUCCGGACCGCACCGAUGAGGGCUCAUCCAAGGCACAGCCGGAGAGCCCGAAGGCAGCCGCAAAUCGACCAAACAGCGCUGUGUCAGUGGCCAGCAGCACCUCUUAUGAGCUGGACAGCAAAGUGGAAGGGGGCGUGCGUGGGCUGGAGGCCUCGCCGGGCCACGAGUUGGACCUCACGUACGUGGCCGACCGCAUCGUCGCCACGUGCGUGCCGGCCGGGGCGUCGGAGGCUGCGUCCCAGCGGGGCCUGCAAGAGAUGGCUCGCCACCUCGCCUCCAAGCACGGGGGCAACUACCUGGUUAUUAACUUUUCUGGACCAAAGGAAGAGCUCACCAAGCUUCACCCUCAGGUGCUGGAGUUCUGCUGGCCUGGCUUGCACGCGCCCCAGCUCGACACCCUUUGCCGCGUCUGCAAGGCCAUGGAGUCCUGGCUCGCCGCCCACCCAAGCCACGUCGUGGUGCUGCAUUGCCAGGGCAACAAAAGCAGCGUGGGAACCGUGACCACCGCCUAUUUCCACUACAGUGACGUCUGCACGCGCUCCGAACAUACGCUCGGCAGAUUCCCCAACAAGACGCUCUGCGCUGACCGGUUUGCUGCUGCCAUCCAGCCCUCGCAGAGACGGUAUGUGUACUAUUUCAGUGGGCUUCUGUCACGCUCCAUCAGCCUCAACACCUGCCCACUUUUUCUGCAUCAAGUGGCGCUGCACGGCCUGCCUAGGGAAAGCUCUGGAGGCCGACUGUUUCUAAGGGUCUACCAAGGAUUACAGCUCAUGUACACAUCCUCUGUGUACUCUGUGCCCGCGACCGGAACCACUCAGAGCCUCAGCGUGAACGUGAAGCCGGCUUUGAUGCUCAAGGGUGACGUGCUGGUGAAAUGCUACCGGGAGGCUCCGGCGAGCGGGCCCCCACCGAGCUGCGGGCGGGAAGCGAUUCUGCGGCUGCAGCUGCACACGGCCGCGAUGCGUCCUCGCGACACCUCCCUGUUGUUGCGCAAGCAGGACCUCGACCUCGCCUGCUCUGACCCCAGGUAUCCGGACGAUGGAAAAGUUCAGUUGAUUUUCUCAGCCACCCCAGACAGAAUGGCAGGGACCGAGAGCCUCCUGAAAGAUGGUGCGGUGGCUGUGGAUCACAGUGCCACAGACCCAAUCCUGCGCUGGGAUUCCUACAGCCACCUGCACACGUCCUGGGACACCUUUGCAUCAGCGGAGAAAGCGAGGCCUGUGGGCGGCGAGGCCAAGCAGCCGGGCCGUCGCGCGGCUGACGGCGGCGGCGGUGGCGGCGCCGCAGCAGCGACCCACACGGAGCACACGCUGUCCGUGAGCAGCGACUCGGGCCGAUCCACCGCGUCCAUGCGCACGUCCGACGACGCUCGGCCACCCGCCAGCCCGCUCGGACUCCAUUGCCAGGCAUCCACGGCCUAUUCGUUCCCGUCGCCCCUUUCACCUGUACCAUCGUGGGCUCCCUCCCCAAGCGACACGCGCGCAGGCCCCACCACUCUCAGCCCUGGGGAGCAAGACCAGCUGCGGCAACUGUUGCACGGUUUCGGCUGCACCGGAGGCAGCGGGUUGUCGGCUUCAACCACCGCACACCCGCACUCCUCACGUGCGCCCGCGGGUGACCGGCACUCCGACCCACAUCAUCAUCAGCAGCACAGCCCGCACAGGGUGCACUUUGGCGACACGCCCAGCAUGAUGCCGGUCCGAGAGACUGACAUCCUGGACGAUGAUGUAGAUGAUGAUGAUGUCAACGAUGAAGACGAUGUUGUUGACAUUCAAGAUGAUGAUGAUAUCGACGAGUCGCCUUCCACGCGUGCCAUGGAAAUCCUGGAGCGUGGCGCGCUUACGUUCUGUCCUGGCGCCAACCGACGUCGCCACUUGGGGACGGGCGACCUGCGGCUGAAUUUGGCGUCCGGGGACGCUCGCCCACAGGAGAACGGUAUCGGCAGCCGCAGCCCUUACACGCGAGCACCUCGAGCAACGUCGCCAAACAUGAAAUACGGGCAGCCGACUCACGCGGUCGCCCCAUGCGACGUUACGUGGUUGGCUCCAGGGGUGACCGCUAUUCGUUCACCGAGCUCUGAUCUCUACGCCAUGGUGCAGCGGAGGGGGGCAUCACAACCAAGCCUGGAGCCUGGCAGCAGUUGCCUGCAGCAUCUGCAGCAUCAUCAUGAGAAGCAGCAACAGCAGCAGCAGGAGGUCCCACGUUGUGUGCGAUUUGGGGCAGAUGUCCCCAUGUUGCCCGCUGUGCCGGUGAGAGGAGACAGCAGCCGUCAGGCUGUGCAGGGUCACAGGCAGGUGAAGGCCUGGUCACCACCACCACCACUACCCCCAGCGGAGCCAAACCGCACGACAUCCGAGACGGUGACACUGCUGGGAGACACGGCCAAGUUCACGUCCUUGAGGGCGGGUGACGGGCACGACACCCCGCCAAGCCCGAGUGAGCUCGACCAGUCCUUGGAGGCCCUAAACCUCCUCAUCAUGGACCUUGACCCCACCUUCACUCCCGUCUCCAGCCUCCACCGGGUACCGAGUGGGCACCAACGGUCACUUCCGGGGAUUCUCGCAGGUGCUGGCCAGUGCACGGGCGCGACCGACGAGAGGAGACUCUUGCAGCUCAGGAGCAGCAGCAGCAGCAGCAGCGAGGGAAUCAUCGGCGGCAGCGCCGGCGGCGCCUACAACGGCGGUCGCCACCCUGCGCCGUCGCGGCCCUUGGAGCUGGCUCAGCAGCUGGCGGCGCCGGACAUGGAGCCGUUCGGUCCGAACAACGGUGUGGAUGUGGCCCAGGCUGACAGCUCGCCCGAAGAGCAAGGCAGCUACGUGGAGAUGGUCCCGUGGACAUCCGAUGUCUUCAGCGCGCGCUCCGCAUCUCCCACCGCACGCUACUGUGCUGAAGAAGCGAAGCCUGUGGCCCCGCACAGUGCUCCCAGCACCUUGACAAAACCGAGCGGCGUCACGGAGCAACCGGGAGGCAUCUCCACGCAAGCUUCCGUCACCAGCUCCUACAUGUCCAUGGUUGGUUACCCAACCAACACGUGGGCCCGCCACGGCGAGCAGCACGAGGAAGGCAGCCUCACGCAGGCCCUGCCCGUGGGGCCCUCCAGCGCGCUCCUCGUGAGCUCCCAUCGCCUGCCUGCCAGCAGCAGCAGCAGCAACCACGGCGGCGCGGGGCGAGGGACCUUGCCCACCUAUGCCUCCGCGUUCCCGAGGUCGGAGAAAGAGGGCCCCUCGCACCUCUUCCCGUCCACCUCGUCCUCCUCGUCCGGCUCCCGCAACGAGUCGAGGGUCGGGCUGGAAGGAGCGCGGUCUUGGCACGCGUCCGUGUUCGGCUACCCGCCAGAGGGAGCGGAACGGUCGACGGCGACUCAAGGCGCUGGGAGCUUCUCCCUGCCCGCCUCCAAGCAUCUCAACGGGCAUCUUCCCGCCUCUCCGGCGACUUUUCACGGUUUUUCGCGCGCUCCACUUGGAAAUCCCGGAGCCACCGGUGCGGGGCAGAGCGACGCGCGGCAGGAGCGCCUUGGCAGCGAGACAUUGCUGAGCUUCGCAGCGCCACCGAAUGGUGCGCCGGGCGGUCUGCACUGCAACGGAGGGGUCGGCCACAAGAGCGGCACCAGCAGCCGGUCGAGCUACAAAGGCGCGUGGUUCGACAGCCUGCCCAUGCACUUUUCCGUCGACAGCGAAGGGGGCUACACCUCUUACUCGCACGCCAAACCCGAGCACACGCUUGCGCGCGGUUUUGACGGCGCGCUGCCAGACGUGUACCGAGGCACGCACACCACCGCGGCAGACAUUCACGGCCCCGUCCUGCCGAGCGGGAAUGCUCAGAGGCCGAUCGCGGCCACGGCCGCCGCCACUGCCGCCGGCGGAGGCGUGCCUCGAAAUGCCCGGGAAGGCUCCUUGAGCACGGCGGCUUCGUUCGCGACUUUCGCGGCCGUCGUUGCCGGUCGGUGCCGCCCCGGUCUCGUGGUCCCUCCGCCGGAACAAGCCAGCGCCGCUUACGCAGCCGCCGCCGCCGCCGCGACCGCCGCUGCUACCGCGGGUGUCGUGGGAGGAGCAUCAGCGGCUGCACAGCUCGGCGAGCGAGCACCGCUCCCCGCUGCACAGCGAACUGUCGAGCCCCGGGGGCACGAGCACGUCGAGCGUGACGUUCGUGCAGCACGUGCAGCAUGCACCACCCGCGUCGCGUGGCCCUGCGUCGCCCGCGCGCGUCGCAGCCUCCGGUUGGCCAGAUGGAAACAACUCGGGAUCAGACAGGAUCCCUCACUUCACCCGCAGCAACAUCAGUUUUGUGCAGGACACAUCCAAGUUCUGGUACAAACCUGGCAUCACGCGGGAGCAAGCCGUGGCGCUGCUGUGCCCACGCGAAGCCGGGGCGUUUGUCAUUCGAAACAGCAGCUCCUUCCACGGGGACUUCGGGCUCGCCAUGAAGGUGGCCAACCUGCCGCCCGGCGUGCCAGUACAGGGAGACCUGGUGGAUGAACUCGUCAGGCACUUCCUCAUCGAGACGAAGGCCCGGGGAGUGCGGCUGAAGGGCUGCCCCAAUGAACCCUUCUUCGGCAGUCUGUCGGCGCUCGUUAACCAGCACACGGUGACGCCACUCGCACUGCCUGGAUGUC